GCUAAACGCUGCUUAGAUGCCCAUUCUAAGCGUGAGCAGACGCCACAACAAAACACAUUUCUUUCGGAGUAAAUACAAGCUUAUUUUCUAGAACAUGCGGCGCAGGAAGAAAACGAAGAAUCGUCCAAAAAAGCCCAUUCCUCUGUGCCAUGAACUUGCUUACUGGAUGUCUCGCUUGCCAGAAUGUCUCUGGACCAUUCCUCUUUCCAACCUAUCACUUCCAGGGAGCCAUGAUACUAUGACAUACAGCCUUGAUGAAACUUCAACAGUAAGCGUAAAUGAAUCCAAGCUGCUGGAACUUAUGGACAAACAUAUGCACUGGAUAAUACAUCCUAUUGUUUUGAGGUGGUGCAUAACACAGGAGCUGACUGUGUUGGAGCAACUGGAUGCUGGAAUUAGGUACUUUGACUUUAGGAUUGCUCACAAGCCUGAUGAACCUUCUACGACUUUGCACUUUGUUCAUAUGCUAUAUACUACAGCUGUUGUAGAGGAUGUCCUGUGGGAUAUUUUACGGUGGUUGAAAACCCAUCCCUGUGAGGUCAUCAUUCUAGCUUUCAGAAACUUUGAUGGAUUGGACGAGGACCAUCAUCGUCAUCUGGUGUGUUGUAUAAAGAAGAUCUUCUGUUGUAGACUGUGUCCUAGAAAUGUGGUUCCAACCCUACAGCAUAUGUGGGCCCAUGGCUAUCAGGUUAUUGUCUCAUAUGAAGACAUUCUACAAGUGGCAUUGCACUCUGAGUUGUGGCCGGCACUUCCAUACUGGUGGGGAAAUAAGACUACAGCAAAAAAACUUAUCUGGUAUUUGGAGCUGAGGAAACGUGGUGGACGCCCAGGAGGAUUAUUUGUUGCAGGAAUCAACCUUACUGGAGAUUUGCCAUACAUUCUGUCACGUCUACAUUAUUCUAUAAAGAAAAUGACCCUCCGUGCCCUUCCAUUACUGAAUCGCUGGAUAAAGAAGCAGCGACCCGGAGCAGAGAAAGACUGCAUUAAUAUAAUUGCUGGGGACUUCAUAGAAAGAAGUAAUUUCGUGCAGAAUGUGAUCAAUCUUAAUGAAAAACUUAUUCCAAAGGAGCACUUCCCAAAUAUGCUGCCUUUGCUCAGCUCUGGAAAAACUUGAGUACUGUGAGACUUUGAACAUAGUUUACCUUCCUCACAGGAAUGCUGUGAAGAUCUUGUUUUUAACAACAAAUGAUAAGUUUAAAAAACCUCUAGUUAAGGAUGAAUUCCUAACUCCAUGAAUUUGUCUGGAGACACACUUAAAAGUGCAGUUCUUUUUGCACUGCUUCCCAGGAAACCAAGCACUUUCAUGUAUCACUUUUGCUAUUUUUUUAAUCCAAACAUCCUGUUUGCAGUGAUUGGUGCUUGCUGUGUCAGAGAAUCUGACCGUGUGCUCCUACCAACUAAGUAGCUCACACCGAUUAUCUCUUCAGAGAGAAGUGGAAGCCAUUCUUUUUCCAAACACAGAUGACACCACCAGAAUUGACAGGGCCAGCCAUCUUUUUGGAGCUGUGUGUGCUACCAAUUCAGAAGGAGAACUUUGACUGAGAAACAUGCAGUGCUCAAUGCUGGGAUCCCACAACAGAAGCUAGGCAGAAAGAAAUUAUCCAAAAUUCAGCCUCUACUAAAGGAACGAAUGAAACCAAUUUAAUAUGAUUUUCAGAAAGGAACAGGGUAGGAGAGAAGGAAGCAAGCCAGGAGAUGAGUGAGUCUAACUACUAUCAUCGAUAAACAGUAGACAGCAUUCUUAAAGCCAAAAGUACAAAGGAACAAGCUCAGCUGAUCAAAGUGACAUCCCACCAACUUUCUAGUAGAGGCAUCAUAUACUUUGAAGUAGUCCCUUGGCAAGCUUGGCAGUUAUGAGAGAAGAGAGAAAUCCUCUUUUGGACUGGGUAAUGAGCAGGAAGCAGAGGACUAGAGUAAAUGGACAGUUCUCACAACACAGGGGAGCAAGCAGUGAGUUUCCACAACCCGAUGUUUUGAAACAAGUGCAAUUUAACUUAUUCAGUCCAUGAGUCGGAUGAAGGCGGAGUCGGAUGACGCAACUGCGGGGCGACGCGGCGCGGCUGGAGCCCGAAGGGACGAGUAGCCGGAAAAAGCUGCAGUCCAGAGCAGAGCGCGCCGACGGAGGAUCCACCAAGAAGCCCGCCGAUGGUCGCUGAUUGCCCGGAGCACCGAGACUGCGCCUGAGCCGCCAAGGAGAGAAAAAGCCGCCGUCCGGGUGCUGCUAGGUAACCCCUCCCCGCACAAAUUGUGGCCCUAGUUAGGAUUCGACUACAGAUGUAGUCUAAUGUAA